GGCAGCAAAUUCCUGAUAAGACCUCCACGGGCAGUUCAGAUUCCAGCGCUGAGGACAGUUCAGAGGAGAGUUCGGAUGAUAGCUCUGAUGAAAGUUUCGAAGAAAAGUCUGAUUCAAAAGAUGAUGGAAUCAUAAUUUGAAAUAUCAAUACAUAAAAUAUCAAGAAUUAGUUUUUUUUAUUUAUACGUUAUGAAAUCCUUCAAGUGACACAGUACUCAAUCCCGAAUUUACUUUUAUUCAAAGCUAAAUAUAUAAUAGAAAAUUAAAAGACAGCUCUCGCUUCAAAACGAAAAUUACGAUAAUAAAUCCAUUAAAAUUAUACUGGUGGACAAGAGCACGAUGCUCGUUGUAGAUUCCUCCAGUAUAGAUUCGAUCAAUAGCAGGAGCUUACAUGGUGCUGCUCGCUCGCUCAUUUGAACUAUUCACGCCGCUGUAUCCGCUGUAUCGCUGGUGGGUUACAAGUAGCCAUCCAGUGACCAUACUUGAACUUCACCCUCUGCUCACCCGCGGGUAGUACCGUCUUAACUAAGAUGAAUUUAAAAAUUAGGCCUUUAUAAACUGUACAUGAAUUAUGCAACCUCGCAGCACACUCUUAUUCUCAUUUCACUUUGUAAACAAAAAAGGACCUUUAACGCACUCUUCAUAGAAAAUACGCUGUACAACAAGGGAUAAAUAGAUUUUUCUAUAUUUAGUAGAUGCUUAAUUUUUGUGUCCGGGCGCAUUUAAAGUUCUCUUGUUUAAUAACCAUCCUUGUUUGAAAAAGCCCAUUUUUACAUGCUAGUUGCAAAAUUUACUCUUGAUCUUCUGAUCAUAUAGUUUAUACAAAUCACGCGAAGUUCAAUAACAAAAUUUUACAGCAUUUAUUAUCUCUAACAUGCACGAUAUCAGUCAUUCUCAAAUAACGACAAUGUAAUACUAGCAUUUUACUUUUGAUUUUUUUUUAUUAUUAUGCAUCGAUCAAUCUAAUUUAAGUGGCAAUGCUAUGCGGCAACUAAUAAAGAGUGAAAUUCUUUGUUUGAACACAACAGUAAGGAUUCUAAUCAAUGUCAUGAAUUUACAUGGAUCGAGAUAAAAUGUCCGGAUAUGUCAAAAACUAUACUCUAUAUACUCUACUACUGGCUCCAUUCGAGAUAUUAAAAGCAUAAAAUUUUUUAUUGUCAAAAUAGCAAUGAACCGAUAAUAAUGCGACGAGUAUAAAUGCUAAUUAAAUACGAGCAAUUAAUUUUUUUAUCGAACUUUAACGUCCGACCGUAAAGCAUUGGCUUAUAUAUCAAGCGGAUAAACAUAGUAGAUGCUUUACUCUUAUGGAAAUAGGUGCUUGAUGAUUCAUGAUGGGUUCAUCGAUAAAACUCUUAGCUGCGCUGCUCACUGUACUGUUGACUUGCAACAGUACGAACGCUGUUGAAUUGACUGAGAUUGUGCAAACGAUUGCAAACUCAUUAAAGAAUAUCGAUGAAAUUCUUCAAACUUUCUUGAAACGCGUAGAAGAUUCUUCACUAAAGGAACUUGGGCAAGUCCGCGAGGGUGCAAGGUCAAUCAAUAAUGAAUCAACUCAAACUUCUGAUCAAAAUAUGGAACCCUCUAAAGAAUUGACUCAAAAUAUAGAAUCUUCUGAUAAAGAUCAUCAGGACGUUCUACCACCGGAACAAACAGAAGUUUCUUCUGCCUUACUAGAUGAGAGAACUCCCAGUAUUGAAAACAGCAGACGAAGUUUCUACAAAGUUCCAAGUCGCAAAAGGAAAUCCAUUAAAAAUGUACAAGAGGAAUUUCGAAAACGAAGGAGGAACAGGAACAAGGCCCGUAAAGUCACUGAUGAUGAACACAUGCCUUCGCUUCGCUCGAAAAUCAAGAGUAAGAAACGAGGUUUCGAUUAAUUGUAAAGAUUGUGUAUUAAAUGUAAGUAACUUGUAACGAUUGUAGUUAUGACAUUAAAAUUAAAAAAAAGACUAUCAAAA